AUGACGGAACGCUUCGGCCGCCCGAUUCUGGAUCUCUUUGCAUCACCAGAGAACACGCAACUCCCGAGGUUCUUUGCUCAAUUCCCUGCCCGAGGAGCAGAAGGGGUCAACGCUCUCCGGUGCAGGGGCAAUCAGGAAAGUACUGAUAGUAAAGGCGGAAGUUCUGUUGGUAGCAUCUUACUGGCCCAGGCGUCCUUGGUUCGCCGACCUGAUGGGCCUGUCAGUUGCCAGACCCUGGAGAAUUCCCCUACACAAGAUCUACCUCAGCCAGGGCCCAAUCGAGCACCCAGAUCCAGCCUAGUUUCGGUUGACCGCCUGGCGCUUGAGCGGGGAAUCCUGAAACGGGAGAAGUUUUCCACAAAGGUCAUUCAGACCAUCCAGGCAGCCAGAAGACCUUCCAUGACCAGGAUAUAUAAGGCAACGUGGAAGAUUUUCUGCAGUUGGUGCGCUGGUCACCAAUUGGAACCCUCUGGAGUUUCUGUUGCAAAGGUAUUAGAGUUCCUGCAGGACGGGUUGGAUAAAGGUCUCGUCCCCAAUACCUUGAAGAGACAGGUGGCUGCCUUGACCUUGGUGAUUUCGGUCAAGGGCUCUACUUCUCUGUCCCAACAUCCUAGGGUGAAAGCUUUCCUUAGGGGGGCCACGAAUCUGAGGCCACCAGUGGUCCACCGCUACCCCACCUGGGAUUUGCCCAAGGUCCUGCAGGCACUAACUUCUCCCCCCUUUGAACCCUUACGUGAAGUCUGCCUUCGCCUUCUCACGUGCAAGGUGGUAUUCUUAGUGGCCAUUACCUCGGCCAGGCGUAUUUCGGAGUUGGCGGCCUUAUCCAUCAGGAAGGAUCUGUGUGUAUUCCAUGCAGACAGGGAGGAUCACAGCGCACUCAACCAGAAUUGCAGCAACCACCACAGCCUGGGCAAUGCAGGCAUCGAUUCUGGACAUUUGUAG